AUGACUUCUACGCAUCUGGAGGGGCCGCUUCUCCGCCGCUCCAUCCCAUUUGUGGAGCGCUGGGUCGCUGAGCUCGUUGCCGCGAGGGAGCCGCCGGUGCCUGCCAAGAAGGACGCCACCCCCCAGCAGCAGCAACAACAGGCCACUGGCGGUGGCGGGAAGAAGAAGGGCGGCAAGGCUGCCGCCCCCGCUGCCGAGGCGAGCAAUGCCACCAGCAUGUCGAGGUGCCAGUUCGUCAUUGGCAAGGUCCUUGACGUGCGCGCCCACCCGGAGAGCCAGAAGCUCUAUAUUGAGGAGAUCGACCUUGGCGAGGCAGCGGGCGGGCGGCGCACUAUUCUUAGCGGCCUGCAGGAGUACGUAAAGCCGGACGACUUUGUCAACCGCCUGGUGCUUGUCAUUGCGAACCUUGAGCCGCGCAAGAUCGGCGGCAUACUCUCAGAGGGGAUGGUGCUGUGCGCCGCGCGUAGCAGCGAGGAGAAGCGCGAAGUGGUGCUGCUCGACGUGCCCGCCGACACGCCGGUGGGCGAGCGUGUCGUCUUCGAGGGCCACGACGGUCCGCACGAGCCGGUGCUGAAGAAGAAGCUGGCGCGGCACUUCGAGGAGGUCGCCGCAGAGCUGCGCACCAACGCGGCGGGGGAGGUGGUGUGGGGCGACAUGCCGUUCCGCACCACACGUGGCGUCAUCACCGCGUCGAUUGCCAACGGCGUUGUCUCGUAG